AUGGCCGACAUCUUCGGCUCGGUUCCGCAAGGAGUCGUUGCAUAUCCACUCCACCCGACGAGCUUGGCGCGAAGCGUGGACGUAAGGGAUGUUGGCCAUCUUGCUGCGAAGCUCCUGAUGCUGAGCCCUGACGAAAGACGAAAGCACCAAGGCAAGAUCUACGACGUCUGCGGCCCAGAGGCCGUCAGCACGACGGACGUGGCUGCGCAUUUCUCAGCAGCACUCGGCCGCCCCAUUGCAGCAGUGCAGAUUGCUGCAGAAGAGUGGAGCGGGAAUGCGGAGAAGGCUGGCUUCCCCGGUUGGCUGGCGCAAGCAGUGUGCCGGAGCUUCACAGACUUCUGGGACAAGGGACUCCUGGACGUCCCCAGCAGCCCAGAAGUGUUGGAGAUAUUCCCACCAUCGCGGACCUUGAAGGCCUGGAUCGAGGAGCACGCCUCGCUCGUGCAAGCAGAGCUUCCAGCCUAG